AUGCUCAGAAUCCCACGUGUUGCGGGCGCCAGAAUGGCCUCCCGCUCCCUUGCCACGUCUGCCUCUGACUUGGUCUCCAUCUCCUUGCCCCAGGACUCGUUCGAGGGCUACAACUUGGACAGCUUGCCAGAGUUGAACUUCGAGACCGAGAAGGAGUCCUUGUUGAAGAUGUACAAGGACAUGAUCGUUGUGCGUCGUAUGGAGAUGGCCUCCGAUGCCUUGUACAAGGCCAAGAAGAUCCGUGGUUUCUGUCACUUGUCUGUUGGUCAAGAGGCCAUCGCCGUUGGUAUCGAGCACGCCAUCACUCCUCAAGACACCAUCAUCACCUCGUACCGUUGUCACGGUUUCGCAUACAUGCGUGGUGCCUCUGUCAAGAGUGUUUUGGGUGAGUUGAUGGGUAAGCGUUCCGGUGUCUCGUACGGUAAGGGUGGUUCCAUGCACAUGUUUGCUCCUGGUUUCUACGGUGGUAACGGUAUUGUCGGUGCCCAGGUCGCCUUGGGUGCUGGUCUUGCUUUCGCCCACAAGUACCGUGGCGAGAAGAACGCCACCUUCGCCUUGUACGGUGACGGUGCUGCCAACCAAGGUCAAGUGUUCGAGUCUUACAACAUGGCCAAGUUGUGGGAUUUGCCAUGUAUCUUUGCUUGUGAGAACAACAAGUACGGUAUGGGUACCUCCGCUUCCAGAUCCUCUGCUAUGACCGAGUACUACAAGAGAGGUCAAUACAUCCCAGGUUUGAAGGUCAACGGUAUGGACAUCUUGGCUUGUUACCAAGCCUCCAAGUUCGCCAAGGACUGGUGUGCCCUGGGCAACGGUCCAUUGGUCAUGGAGUACGAGACCUACCGUUACGGUGGUCACUCCAUGUCCGACCCAGGUACCACUUACAGAACCAGAGAGGAGGUUCAACACAUGCGUUCCAGAAACGACCCUAUUGCCGGUUUGAAGGCCGUCCUUUUGGACUUGAACAUCGCCACCGAGGACGAGAUCAAGGCUUACGACAAGGCCGCCAGAAAGUACGUCGACGAGCAGGUUGUUGAGGCCGAGGCCGACGCUCCACCUGAGGCCAAGAUGGAGAUCUUGUUCGAGGACGUCUACGCCAAGGGUUCCGAGAUCCCUGAGUUGAGAGGCAGAAUUUCCGACGACACCUGGAACUUCGAAAAGAACGACUUCUCCAACCACGUCUACUAA